AUUCCUGUCACUGUGUAGAAACGAAGAAAAGUGAUACAAGGAAGAGAUAGAGGACAAUUAUUGAGGAAGGACAUGGCCCAGGAGACCAACCGCAGCCAGGUUCCUCUGCUCUGUACCACAGGCUGUGGUUUCUAUGGGAACCCCAGGAAUAAUGGCAUGUGUUCAUCGUGCUACAAGGACUUCCUACAGAGACAGAAUGGCAGUGGACAAGUGAGCUCCACAGGUGGGAGUGAAACAUCAUGUUCUUCUUCUGCUGACAGCAGUAUUGGAGAGUGUGUCCUCACACAGUGCUCUGACAGGACUACAGUCACUUCACCAGCAGACACAGAGUAUGGACACAGCAGAACAGCAUCAGCCUCAGUGACCUCACCUAAAGAAAAUACCUCAAGAGCAAAGACCAGUCUUUCAGCUAAUGAUUUACAAAUGUGUGAUGUCGUAGCGGACUCACCUGCAGACACAGUAGAGAAGAGUAAAGCCAAGAAAAACCGCUGCUUCACCUGCCGCAAGAAAGUGGGCCUGACAGGGUUUGACUGCAGAUGUGGACAGGUGUUCUGCGGCACACAUCGAUACUCGGACGUUCACAGCUGUCCCUUCGACUACAAAGCUGACGCUGCAGAGAGGAUAAGGAAGGACAACCCCGCCGUUGUAGGAGAGAAGAUCCAUAAAAUCUAAAACUAUUCAGAACCAUUCAUCAGAAAAUAAACAUCAACCACUCUUAUGAUGGACAACUUUAAGUUUAAUGUACCUUGAUUCUUUUUUCAUCACCCAGUUUUUAAUGCAUUAUUCAAUUAAUCAAGUUAGUGAUUAGAAACUGUCAGACGUGUCAGGGCUCCUCAGCAGGCUGUGUUGUUAUGUACAGUUAUAAAGAAUGCUUUCUAUGCAAUUUCAUUUAAAAAAAAAAAAUGCCUUCACAUCAUCAAUAGAAAUCAGCUUUUUGUUUUAUUCUCUAAUUUAAAGUGUGUGAUGGAUCUUACUCAGUGUGUGUGUGUGUGUAUUUCUAUGAUGAGUGAUUAUGAGAAAUAUUUACAGAGUUUACAGUAUGGGUGCACGAAAGAAGAGCCAAGAGAUAUUGUGGCAUAUUUAUGUUUGUUCACAGUUUUAAAUGUUUAAUAAACUGUUAAACUGUUCUCUGUUGU